AUGGAGAACAAGCCCUCAGCAACCUCGUCCGGCGUGGCGAUCGACGAGAAACAUGGGCUGCCGUCCGAGGAGGAGGUCAAGCCACCUCUGGCUGGCCUCACCGAGCAAGAGAAGGAGAUCAUCGAAAGACAGCUGACGGCGCCGACUCUCACAGUUGGGUACUUUUCAUUGUUUCGAUAUGCGAGCCGGAAAGACAAGAUGGUCAUGGUUUUGGCCACUAUAGCAUCAAUUGCGGCGGGUGCUGUGAUGCCCCUUAUGACUCUUGUAUACGGUAACUUCGCUGGGUCCUUCACCAGCUUUUCAGUCAGUGCAGUCGCUGCAGAGCAUUUCAAACAGCAGAUUAACAAAUUUACGCUGUAUUUUGUGUACCUGGGUAUUGGAUCCUUUGUAACUUCGUUCAUCAGCAUCGUAGGCUUCUCGUAUACCGGCGAGCGGAUUACACGCCAGGUGCGAGAGCUUUAUCUCAAGGCCAUCUUCAGACAAAACAUCGCCUUCUUCGACUUCCUAGGAUCUGGGGAAAUCACCACUCGAAUCAGCUCGGAUAUGAACCUAGUCCAAGAUGGGAUUGGCCAGAAAAUCGGUCUCUUCAUUACUGGAGUGUCGAUGUUCGUUUCGGCCCUUAUCAUUGGGUUCAUUCGGUCAUGGAAGCUUUCUUUGAUCAUCCUUUCCGGCGUGUUUGCGCUCGUGCUCAUGAUGGGCGUGUGUGGUGCGUUCAUGAAGAAAGCACAGACGCUGUCAAUCGACGAGUACGCAACAGCAGCUUCCUUAGCCGAGGAAGUCCUCUCUUCAGCUCGCAAUGUUGCCGCAUUCGGAACCCAGAAGCGCCUCGAACAAAAGUACAAAACUUUCGUCGACCGUGCAUCAAAGCUUGACUAUACAGCGAAGUUUUGGCUCUCGAUGAUGAUUGCUGGCAUGAUGGGCGUCCUGAACUUACAGCUCGCGCUAGCUUUCUGGCAAGGAAAUCGGUUCCUGCACAAAGGGGAAAUCGGCGUUGCGAAUAUUUUGACUGUUGUCAUGGCUCUCACCAUGGCAGGAAUGUCGAUCGGUCAAAACAUGCCGCACAUACAAGCCUUCGGCGGAGCAACUGCCGCAGCGACAAAGGUCUUCAACACCAUCGAGCGCAAAUCACCAAUCGAUCCAGAAACCAACGAUGGCGAGAUACCCGAGAGCUUCGUUGGCAACAUCGAGUUCAAGAACAUCAGGCACAUCUACCCGUCUCGGCCCGAUACGACAGUAUUGAAGAACUUUAACCUAGAGGUUCCUUCAGGCAAGAUGAUUGCGCUCGUAGGAGCAUCUGGGAGUGGCAAGUCCACCAUCGUUGGUCUCUUGGAGCGCUUCUAUCUUCCUAUGGAAGGUGGGAUAUUCUUGGAUGGCAAGGAUAUUACCACAUUGAACCUUCGAUGGCUGAGGCAGCACAUGGCCAUCGUCAGCCAAGAGCCGAUCUUAUUUAGCAUCACCAUUUACGAGAGCAUUGCGCAUGGCUUGGUCAACACUGAACACGCACACGCUUCAGACGAGAAGAAAACGGAGCUCAUAGAAAAGGCAGCGAAAAUUGCCAAUGCCCACGACUUCAUCAACCAGUUGCCCAAUAAGUACCAAACCAACGUCGGCGAGCGAGGCAAUCUUCUCUCUGGUGGGCAAAAACAGCGUAUUGCUAUUGCCCGCGCUAUCGUCUCAGACCCAAAGAUUCUUCUCUUAGAUGAAGCCACAGCAGCUUUAGACACUAAAUCCGAAAGUGCUGUACAGGAAGCCCUUGACCGCGCAUCGCAGGGAAGAACAACGAUCGUUAUCGCUCAUCGUCUCUCUACUAUCAAGAAGGCCGACAACAUCGUCGUCAUGGCAAUGGGUGAGAUUGUAGAGCAAGGCACGCAUGAUGAGUUGAUCAACUCCAAGGGCGUUUACGCGAGUCUCGUCCAGGCGCAAGAGCUCACUUCAAAAAUCAAGCCUGUCGAUAACAGAAUGUCUGUAACGAGCGACCUUGAGAAGGAAAGUGUUGAAUUGGAUGCUGAGAAACUUGCGUUAGUUCGAACCGCAACCUCUGCUCCAUCUGUUCUUACGAUGAAGAAGAAGAAUGAAAAUGACGACUACAGCACCUGGGAGCUAAUCAAGUUCAGUUGGGAAAUGAACACCAGCGAGCACUCGACAAUGGCCAUCGGACUGGUCUUCAGCUUCCUAGCGGGGACGAAUCCAGCCAUCCAGGCGAUCUUCUUGGGCAACUCAAUCAACUCGUUGCUUUCUCCGGCUACAUCGCUUGGUGGAUAUGGAGCUAACUUCUGGGCCGGGAUGCUCGUCAUGCUCGGCGCCCUCAUAUGGUCUUUUUACUUUGCUCAGGGCUUGACGCUGUCCAGAGGAUCCGCCCGGCUGGUUGGCAACGUCCGAACACGGGCGUUUGGAGCCAUGCUUCGCCAGGAUAUGGAGUUCUUCGACGGCGAAACUGUCACAUCAGGUGCUCUCGCCAACUUCCUAUCUUCCGAAGCAAACCGUCUUGCCGGUCUCAGCGGCUCGACUCUCGGUACGAUUAUCAGCUCCGCUUCUGCGAUAAUCGUCUCUAUCAUCGUGGGCUGCUCUUUUGGCUGGAAGCUUGCUCUUGUCUGCUCUUCAACCAUUCCUCUGGUAGUUAUCUGCGGAUACUUCCGUUUCUACGCGCUCAUCCGUAUGGAGAAGCGCACCAAGGAAACCUCCGAUGCUGCAUCUUUUGCGUGUGAGGCAGCCUCGUCAAUCCGGACCGUAGCCUCACUCUCGCUUGAAAACCAUCUACUUAACGAAUACCAUUCGAAGCUUGGCAAACAAGCCAAAGGUAAUCUCAAGUUCACCAAUGUGUCGGCUGUUCUGUUUGCCACCUCACAAGGUCUAUCGAUGUUCAUAUUCGCGUUGGUAUUCUGGUACGGUGGUAAUUUGCUGUUGAAACAGGAGUACAACGUCCUGCAGUUCUUCAUCAUCUACUCUGCCAUCAUCAACGGUGCCCAGUCCGCUGGCGCAAUCUUUUCUUUCGCACCAGAUAUGGGCGAAGCGCGCGAUGCUGCUAAGCUCCUCAAGUCUUUCUUGAACCGUGUUCCAAAAAUAGACCAUUGGUCACCAGAGGGUAGAAAAAUCGAUAACCUUAGUGGCAAGAUCGAGCUGCAAGGUAUCCGCUUCACAUAUCCUGGACGACCGGACCACCCCGUCCUACGAGGAAUCAGUCUAUCCGUUGAGCCUGGGCAGUUCAUAGCUCUUGUUGGCGCCAGCGGUAGUGGCAAGUCAACCGUUAUGCAGCUUUUCGAGCGCUUCUACGAUCCCACAGCGGGCGCCGUGCUGGUCGACGAUGUCGACCUCAAAGACUACAAUCUGCAAAGUUACCGUUCACAACUAGCGAUCGUCAGUCAGGAGACAACUUUGUAUACUGGUACGAUAAGGGAGAACAUUCUCGCGGAUAAGGAAGACUUGGGCGACGAAGCGGUGGUGCAGGCGUGCCGUGACGCCAACAUCUUCGAAUUCAUAACCUCACUACCAGAUGGUCUCAAUACCCUCGUUGGUGCAAAGGGCUCCCUUCUAUCAGGUGGCCAGCGGCAACGUAUAGCCAUCGCCCGAGCGCUUCUGCGCGAUCCCAAAGUCCUGCUUCUCGACGAGGCCACCUCGGCACUCGACUCCACAUCUGAGCGCGUCGUGCAAGCCGCCUUAGACUCUGCCUCUAAAGGCCGCACCACCAUUGCUAUUGCGCAUCGCCUUAGCACGAUUCAACACGCUGAUUGUAUCUAUGUAUUCGAUCAAGGCAAGAUUGUAGAGAAGGGAACCCAUGAGGAUCUGGUAGCGAAGAAGGGUGUCUACUGGGAACUCGCUAAACUACAGGCGAUGGGCGCGCCACAAUAA